CUUUUACCUAUCUAUCCUGAUCCUGUGAAUCUUUGCCCUAGAAGCCCUACAAAUAACAAUGCUCACCUCAAUAAUAGAAGUCUUACCAACUGAAAUAUUGGAGAUUAUCUCCUCGAAUCUUCAGGGGGAUUCAAACGACUUGUUCCACUUAUCUUUAACUUGUAAAAAAUUCAACUAUGUCUCAAAUAAACAUUUAUAUCACCAAAUCGUUAUAAGGCCCUCACCAACUAUUCUAAAACAAAUAUCUUCUCAUCAAGAAAGCUACGUACAUUCUGAUCUCACUGAUAUUGAAAUCAACGACGAACUACAAUACCAAACCAACAGAAUAAAUACGUUGCUAUCCACGUUGUCAAAUAAUAAUUUUUUAUUACACUAUAUUGAUUCAUUAUAUUUCAGAUCAAACCAUUUAAAUUUCUUGAUUAGCAAUCAGGCCUUGAAUGAUUUGAAAAUUAAAUUAUCAAAUCACUUAUUAAUUAAUUGCCCCAACUUGACUAAUUUGGAUUAUAAAUUACCAAACAAUAUUAAUUUGGCUUUAAAUGAUUCAAAUCAAUUGAUUAAUAAGAUCAAUCAACUAAUAUUAAAUAACAGCAAUAAUAAUAAUCUAAAAUUAUCCAAUUUUAACGCAAAUUUACUUUCUUCAAAUAUUUUAAAUGAAAAUGAUAAAUUAAAUCUAUUAAAUCUAUUUAACCAAACUAUUUAUAAUCCAUACAAUCAUAAUAAUUAUCAAAAAUUAACAUUUAAUUCUUCUCCUUUAUACAUCUUUAAUCAAUUACACGUCGAAGAUUUUCUUUUAUUUAAAAAUGAUAUCAACAAUCUAAAAUUAAAUGUCUCCUCAUUAACUCUAAAUCAUAAUUUGUUAAAUCAAUACAAUUUUGAUCUAUCUAAUUCUUUUGAUUUCACUUCAGUCGAUUAUAAUAGCUAUAAUAGCUAUAAUAACUAUAAUAUCUAUCUUAACAGUUACAACGCUAUCAACAACUUAAAUGACCCUCAGGAUACUAUCAACAACGAUGAAACUCUCUUAUUGAAGAAUUUAGUAUCUUCUUCAGAUUCAAAUACAGCCUCUGCUACUAAUUUAAAUUAUUAUCCUCUCGAUUUGAAUUUCAAAAAUUUAAAUCAUUUAUUCAAUGAAAGAUCACUAAAUACUGUUAAAUUCACCUUCUGUGAUGACAAGAACUGCAUUUGUUUCAAAAAACAUUUAAAAGAUCUAAUCUACUUUAACAAUUUAUCCUCAAUAGAAUUAGUUAAUUUACCAAUCUAUAAUAAUGAUGAAUAUUUUGUUCCUUAUGAUCAUGAUCAUCUACAAAAGAACUCAAAGUCAAAGUCAAAGUCAAAGUCAAGUUCAAUUGAAAAUUUAGUCAAUGAAAUUCAUUCUUCAAAAUCUGUAGAUUUCAUUGUAUCAAAAAUUAUAUCGGUCCAAAAAAACCUCCAAAAUAUCAAACUAUCCUUUAACAAAAAAAACUACAAAAUCUCCUUAAAUUCAAACAUUUUUAAAUCUUUAAUUAAAAAUAAUAAAAACCUAAUUAAAUUAGAUAUCCCUUUAAAAUUCUCCAUGAACAACUCUUUAGCUUCAAAUUAUAACUCAAAUUAUUCUUCUUCUACAAGUUUAUCAAAUUUAAAUAAUUCCUACAUUAGCAGCUAUUUAAGUGAUUUUAAUAACUAUAACUAUAUGAAUGAAUACUACUCAACUGAUUAUAAUAAUAGUUAUAGCUAUCUUAACGAUUUGUCAUCUGUUAAUCUUAAUACCUUAACCAGUUCUCUAAAUCAAAAUUUAUUAUCUCCAGAUAAAAAACAAAUUGAAAUUGACCAGAAGAAUAUCAAAUUUUUAUCUAAAAAAUUUCCAGAUUUAUAUUAUUUUGGUGAUUCUCCUCUAUCAUCUUUAAAUUCUCACUAUAUACCAAUUUAAUUUUCUUGUUACGAUAUACGAACGAACAAUUGCUUAUGUUUUAUUCAUUCUUUAUUCUGUUUUCUUUUUUUUUUACCAUCUUUUCAUCUAAUGUUUUAUUUUACUAACUUAUUCAGCAUUCAAUUAAAACAUAGUUUUUUUUUAUUUUAUUUAUUUCAUUCGCUAUAUAACUCAUAUACUUUAUAUAUUCUUCAGAUUUAUGUUUUUGUUAAUAUUAUGAUAAUGCCCA